CGGAGAGCUGUCGUUCACGUGCCGAGGGAAGUAAGUGUGGGCGCCGAAGUCUGAAGAAACAUUGUUACCUCGUCCUGUUUACCGAGGAUAUCUGAAAUCACGUCAUGACAGUGCGUUCGCGAAUGGUCGCUUGUAUUUCGCUAGUGAGCCUCUUGACAAUGGUGUACUUCUUCUUUUCGGUAUGGUUUUACGACUACAGAAACGUCAGACCUGUUAUCGACAGACACUUCCGGCGGCGGGAUCUGUUGAUACCCGUUCCGUGGAGUUCCAUCAGCACAAGUCCUAACAACUCGCUGAGUCAGGAGACUCAGCGUGACAACUCAACACAAACACCGACUCAGUCACUCACCAAUGCUAGUCGUGACUCUGAAGCUGUGUUGAGUCAAAAUGAGGUUGAGAAGGUUUAUGUGGGUUACAGGAAUGCUUUGAGCAAUGAGCCUCUGAAGAUGAAGUGUCAGGCUUGUGCUUUGAUAUCGAGCUCCGGACGAAUUCUAGGUCAGAAGAAGGGAUCGGAGAUUGACAAGACAGACUGUGUGUUUCGGAUGAAUGCUGCUCCUGUGAAGGGCUUUGAAACGGAUGUUGGACAGAAGACGAGUGCACGCAUUGCAGCCUUUAAUGCUUUUGGAUCGAAAGUUUUGAAAGAAUGGAAGCCAGGGAUAAAGCUCAUUGUGUGGACUAACAACCAUCCAGGAACUAUCAAGCGCAUUGUGUCGUAUGCAAAAACGAAUAAGAAUGCUGAUUUGUAUAUGUCGACUAAAGAGCACAUUCUGCUGAUGGAUAAACUGUUUGAGGAGGAGACUAAGAAGCCUCGAAUGAAGUCUCAUACUUGGCUUUCGACUGGAUGGUUUACUUUUGAUCUGUUGAGACACGUAUGCCCGUCUACCAAGAUCUAUGGAAUGAUUCCUGAAGAUUUCUGCACGAAGAAGAAUCAGCCUAAGGCUACAUACCACUACUGGGAAACUAAAGGGGACGAGUGUGCUUACUACAUUAAGAGUGAAAAGACUCGUGGUGGAGCUCAUCGUUUCAUCAGUGAGAAGACUGUCUUUACGAGGUGGGCUGCACUGUCGAAUAUGACAUUUCAUGCACCCGACUGGGAUCCAAAAGACUACGCUAAAGCUGAAACGGGCAAGUCUAGGUAACUCUGGUGAGUAACCAUAACUACUCAGUUUACACGAAUGGCUUAGGUGUGGAGAGUGUAUCACCACUGUAAUGUGUUAUUUAUUUGAGACUCAGUUUUAUUGAUUAAUGAAUAUGGAUUGGUAGCAAAUACAGUGUAUAUGGACACAUCAAAUGAAAUGUGAAUUUUAGAGUUUAGUUUUAGUGACAUAUAGGAGUUUAGUUAAUUUUAUUAAAUAAUUUCGUUUAUUCAGCUCUGUGUGUAUCAUCAUGUAGUGAUUAUCAAUGUUUAUACGUGUAUAUCAAUGUUUAUAUAU